GAAAAAUAAUCCUUCUUUGAUUAGUGUUGCGCGUAGGUAUAGAGGGGAAGAAACAAGGUGGCUGGUUACACGAACAGAGCUCCCUGAUGCAUGCAGUAAAGAAGCCCCUCGUGGGUGCUAUUUUGCUCUAAAUCGCUCUCUCUAUUGGUCAGCUCCUGAUCAGAUGGUCGAGUUUUCUUCUGUCCCGUGCUGGCACCUCGCCACCCCCCCUUCAGCUAAAAACUCAAUCUCCGAUAAAGUACUAAUAGCUAAACCACUUGGACUAUAAAACACAACAAAUCAUAAAGCGGCCAAAAGAAACCGGUCGGAUAGGCUCCAGAUGAAUUCCUAUUUCGUAAACUCUACUUUUCCGGUGACUCUUCCCGGAGCACAGGAUUCGUUUCUGGGCCAGAUACCGUUAUAUUCAUCUGGAUACACUGAUCCUUUAAGACACUACCCCGGCGCUGCUUAUGGAGCUGCCAGCAGCGUCCAAGACAAGGCGUACCCUUCCUCGCACUAUCAGCAGGCUAGCGGUGCCUACAGCCGAACAGCCCCCUCCGCCGCUUGCGACUACGGUGCAGCUGGUUUUUACAGAGAAAAGGACCCGUCUUGCGUGAUCUCCGGUUUGGAAGAACAUUCUUUGAUUCUGAAUCCAGACCAGAGGAAGCCGGAUGGCGCGGCGCAGAAUAAAAACAUAUUUGGGGAGAGUGAAGACCAAAAAGCAGCCACUCCGGUCUACCCUUGGAUGCAAAGAAUGAAUUCUUGCAAUGGGCCUGGCUUUGGGACAAGUGGCCGGAGAGGACGCCAAACCUACACCCGGUACCAGACUCUAGAGCUGGAGAAGGAGUUCCAUUUCAAUCGAUACCUGACCAGGCGACGCCGGAUCGAGAUAGCCCACGCUCUCUGCCUCACAGAACGACAGAUUAAGAUCUGGUUUCAAAACCGGCGAAUGAAAUGGAAAAAGGAAAACAGACUGAUCAAUUCCUCUCAAACGAGCGGCGAAGAUGAAGAAGAAAAGAGGACAGAAUCAUAAAAAAUAAAGGAGUGAAGAAAUAGAAAAAUUCCCACGCUGUUGUCAACCCUAAAGACUUGUAUUAUUAUUAUUUUUAUUUUUUUCUAUAAUUUUUCCAUUUUAGUAAAUUGGUUGUAGCA